UUUAACGAGUGCAACACACAUCAGACAGUGUGAAAGGAACAUUUUUCGAUAGCAGAUGACUGGGAAGGGCCAGACAUUUGGUACCCAAAACAAGUAACAGACUCCACAGUUUACCAGCAGUGGGACUAUAACACUAGCAGAUAACCUGUUUCGUUAAUUUCGGCUUAGAAACGCCGUUUUCAUCUAGGGGGCUUAUUGAAUCAGCAAUCCAAAGGGUGAGUUUGUCACAACUAUUCAUCGGUGAACUGUACAGUGUUCUUUGCCGGUGAAUUCGACGAUUAUCAAACGUCAUCGACUCAGUCUUGUGAAGAAAAAACAGGAAUACGUUCAAAAACAGUCGCUCACCGGCCAGCUUUCAAAAAACAAAUGUUUUCUCUGUGAUUUUGUCGAUGUUGAAUUUACUAAUUGGUAUUUCACGCCCCCGUUGAUUUGAACUAAAAGGCUAUGGAACUAAGAAACGACACUUCGACAACUUCAUCGACGGUAAAUGGAGACGUCUACCCAACAGAGUUGUUUAUAGACGAACUACCGAUGCAGGUUCAUAUCGCUGCAUUUUAUUUCUAUGUGGCGCUCCUAGUGAUCGUUGUUAUUGUGGACACAGCUAUAUUGUUCGUAUUCUAUCGAGUAAAAGAAUUGCGAAAUGUUACUAACAACCUGUUAUGUAACAUGAUUGCGGCAGACUUGUUAUUUGCGUUGCAAACCCCGUUAGAGGCGCUUGCCAUCAAGAAAGAUUUCUGGGACGCUGGAGAUGGCUGGUGUAGAACUCACAGAUUUCUGCUUCAUGCAUUUUAUAACGUGGUGAUCAUCAGCCUAACGAUAGUCAGUAUUGAAAGAUACUAUGCAAUAUGUCAGCCCCUGCGGUUUAAAAAAUGUCUCGAUUUCGAUGUCUGCAAUCGGAAGCUUAUAUUUGGCGUUUGGGUUGCCGCUUGCUUCUCAGCUUUGCCUCAGAUCUAUAUUAGCUCAACACAGUGGUCUUACGGACGAACAGUGUGCAUGGAAGAACGCCCACAAAAUUACUUGGUAGUUUUUCUCGCGUACCAUGUACCAUUAUUUAUUUUCUUGUAUUUAAUACCUGUAGCGAUUAUGAUUUUCACGUAUGGAAAAGUUUCAAAGAAGCUCUACGACAUGGUGGAGAGAUUUCGGCAAAGAUCCCGUUUCGACAUUUGCAGUGCUGUCAGAAUGAGACGAAGUAUUAUUCGCAUGCUUCUUGUCGUUGUGAUUGUUUUUGUCGUUUGUUUAACACCUCUAACAUUUGCUGAAUUGUUACACGUUACUCCCGCUAUGAAGCUUUAUGACCCAUUUGGCAUCCUCUCUGUUUGCGUGGGAAUGUUAGCAUUUUGUCAUUCACUACUAAAUCCCUUAGUCUCGUCAGUUAUGAGCAAGGAAUUCAGGAAGGCUGCAAGACAAGCUUUCAGAUUAACGAAAACACUAAGACUCGAUGUUUGUGUAAGCUGCAAAGAGAAAGACAAUAAGAACCAACUAAACGAUACUAAGCAGAACGUCGAAGCUAAUGUCACGGUGGGAGGCAUAAAAACAUUCAGGUUAGACGAAAAAAACAACGAACCAGACUUUUCUUCAGGAAAAGAAGGAUUUCCAAACAAUGGAUUUGAUAUUAAGCUCUACGAAGAAAGUUUUGCCACGGAAAACACUGAGAUGCCGCCGAAGGAAGCUGAGUAAGACAUUUUAAACUUAACAAACUAAAACCAAACUAUGAAAACUGAAUUAUAUGUCUCCUUUAUUGCCUAAGUUUAGUUUCAUUGAACGAUAUCGAAUUUUUGGUGUGUUUGCGCAAGCUCUGUGUGGUGAAUACUUUUUCAUCGCAUCUGGGCCCCAAUGUGAACUCUGCGCAAUAAAUACCGCUUCACUGCAGCACGUAUUUUGUGCCAUCUUUUAACACGCCAAGAGUAUCCUGUAACCGCACAAUGAGUGGGUCAGUCAUCCUUACCAUGUUAAUUCAACAAAUGGUCUCGGCAGUAUGUUAACUGAUCCAAAACGAAACUGGUUAGCCUAGAAAUUAAAUAUGCGCAUACGCCGUGUUACUGGAUACGUGCGCGUGCAGCGCUCUACGGUUCAGAGAUUCACGUGCACCAGGUUAAGGUCCCACGUACAUAGGCGAACCUCAUAAACAAAUCAGGAACUGAGGUCUUAAGCUUAACUGUAGGCCGGACUGCUACUGACAUUCCUAGCUUACAUUUGAAUACCGUUUUCUUUGAACCACUGGCCUUUAAGUAAUUUUUGGUGUUCCGGCAAUGAAAUCGAAAAAGUUGUAAUAAGUUCAUUGUAACUCUUUAAUGGUAUUUUUUUCAAAACCAAAAAGAAUGCAGCAGUUACAUUUGAAAUAUCUCUAAAAUGUUUUGAACUUGAUAUCUGUAUCGAUCAGUACAGAAAUUAAAGGCAAUUUAUUUGCUUCGAAGAUUAAAUGGA